AUCAGUUUCUGAACACUGCAAACAUGAAGGCUUUCAUCGUUCUGGUUGCCCUGGCUCUGGCCGCUCCUGCUCUUGGUCGCACCAUGGACCGUUGCUCCCUGGCCCGGGAGAUGUCCAACCUGGGCGUUCCUCGUGACCAAUUGGCUCGUUGGGCCUGCAUUGCCGAGCACGAGUCCUCCUACCGCACCGGAGUGGUUGGUCCCGAGAACUACAACGGCUCCAACGACUACGGAAUCUUCCAGAUCAACGACUACUACUGGUGCGCUCCUCCCAGCGGUCGCUUCUCCUACAAUGAGUGCGGGUUGAGCUGCAAUGCCCUCUUGACCGACGACAUCACCCACUCCGUCCGUUGUGCCCAGAAGGUCCUCAGCCAGCAGGGAUGGUCCGCCUGGUCCACCUGGCACUACUGCAGCGGAUGGUUGCCGUCCAUCGAUGACUGCUUCUAAACCGAUUUCGACCCUGAAUAAAAUGAUUGCAUAACACCAGCAUCUCCUCUUCGAAUUAUAGAUCUGUUAAUAGCUUACGUUAAACUGGCAUACUAGUUUGUCCAAAUUCGAUUCCCUUAGUACUAGUACCAGUGCUAUUAGUUUUUCCACACUUAACUAGAAAAU